ACAACCACCAGCAUCGACAUUCAUCCCCAGCAAUCGGUCGAAGGCUGGGUUCUCCUUGUAACCAACGUGCACGAGGAAGCGUGCGAAGAAGACCUCCGCGACUUCUUCUCAGACUACGGCAAAGUGCGCAACCUCCACCUCAACCUCGACCGCCAAACUGGGUUCGUCAAGGGCUACGCCCUAGUGGAGUAUGCUGAGGAAAAAGAGGCCCUGGCUGCAGUGCAGCGCGCCGCGGGGAAAUCGCUUUUGGGGAAACAGGUGGCGGUGGACUUUGCGUUUGUUGAGGACCCG